AUCAAAACAGGUGCGAGCAGCUGAACAAAAUUUGAUUCGUUUUUCAAUUGCGAAAAGAAGAAGGACGUAUAUUUGUUUGGAGCCAAUGCUCGCGUCGGCCGCAGAGGUCACCGCGUCCGACACUUGAGUCCCGAUGGCGAUGACGUGCCGCGGUCUGCUGUCGCGGCCGCUGCGCCUCGCGGACAGCCUCCUCAGGUCGUCUGCUCGAUUCGGCAGACGAAGCCUCACCACCACCACGGGCACCCUCGAGGAAGCCUACCAGAGGACUAAAGAACUGUGUCUUUCCAAAAAACUGCCGCGAGAUGUGAAGCCAGAAGCUGUGUUUGCCUGCAACGAACUCGACCUGGGGGAGGUGAAUGUCUACGGCUUUGACUACGACUACACCCUGGCGUGCUACAAGCCAUCCCUGGACGACCUUCUCUACGAACUCGGAAGAACAAAUCUGAUCAACAAAUUUAAGUACCCGAAAGAGAUCGCCGAUUUGAAGUACAUCCCGAAUUUCGCGGUGCGCGGUCUGCACUACGACAUCGAAAAGGGUCUUCUGCUCAAGCUCGAUUCGUUCCUGCAAAUCCAGUUGGGCUCGGUGUACCGCGGGCUGUCGCCGGUGUCGGACGAAGAGGUGCUCGAGCUGUACAAAAACCGGAUCAUCCCGAUCGCCUACGUCGAAGGGACCAAGAACAGCGCCCAGGUUGACACCCUCGACUACGUUUUCGGUCCUCUGGGCGUGAAGACCAAAAUGGUGCAGCUGGCAGACCUGUUCUCAGUGCCUGAAAUGUUGCUUUUGUGCCAAGUGGCCGAGUUCUUUAGAGCGCACAGUUUAGACUACCACCCCGAGAUCCUGUUUCACGAUGUUAAGACUGCGGUGCAAGGAGCUCAUCCCAUAAUGCACAAGAUCGUCGCGGAAAACGUGACCGAGUAUUUGGAGUGCAAUCCCAACAUUCGCCGAUACUUCCAGCACCUGGCCGCGAACGGCAAGAAGCUCUUCCUCGUCACCAACAGCCCCUUCCAUUUUGUAGACAAAGGAAUGCGCUACAUUGUUGGCAACGACUGGAAAAACUUCUUUGACGUGACCAUCGUGCAAGCUAGGAAACCAAAGUUUUUCACCGAUGAGUCAAGGCCCAUUCGGCUUUACGACACCGUCAGUCGCACGCAGCUGUGGGACAGAGUAACAAGACUGGAAAAAGGAAAAAUCUACUUUGAGGGCACAAUCAACCAGCUGCAGGACAUGACUGGUUGGAAAGGCCACCAGGUCCUCUACUUCGGAGACCACCCUUACAGUGACCUGGCUGACGUCACUCUGCAGCACGGCUGGCGCACCGGAGCCAUCAUCAGCGAACUUGAUCAUGAAAUCAAAACUCUGAACAACGAGAAAUUCAAAAAAGACGUGAACUGGUUGCAAAUGCUGACGCAGCUGAUCGAGGACUGCCAGGACCGCGAGGGCAAGGAGGCGGAGGCAACCCUGCAGCAGUGGAUGCAAGAGAGGGACAUGCUCAGCCAGAAGACAAAGACGGUGUUCAACAAGCAGUUCGGAAGCGUCUUCCGCACUUAUCAAAAUCCGAGCUACUUUUCGAGGCGGCUCUUCCGCUUCGCAGACAUCUACACCUCCAGCAUCAGCAAUCUGAUGCAUUACUCUGCCUCUCACACUUUCUACCCCCGCCGGGGAGUCAUGCCUCACGAGUACACAUCUUACUUUGUUUAGAUUCAUGGGUUUUUGUGAUUCAAUCAGAAUAAUGAAAGGCCGUGAUUGGAUUAAUCAAACUUCUGCUUCUAGUGAUUUCUUUUAAAUAAUCAAAAAUUGCUAGUGUUGUGUUCAAAUCGUAACAUUUUGUGAUUUUUUCCUUCAAGGAAGGGUAAAUAAACCCGACUGAAUGUUGAA